AUGGGCAGUACGGACUUGUUCAAUUUGCCCCAAUCUAUGCGGGCUCUAGGUCUUUCACUCUUCCCAAUGGGUCAACAUCAAAAAUACCACGCUAAUCGGAAAGUCAUCAUUACAGAGUACAGCGAAGCCAGAAAAUUCAGCAUUGUAGAGAAAGCCCUCCCGCAACUCCGUGAACAGGAUGUAUUAAUCAAAGUGAAAGCCUCUGGAGUGUGUGGAACAGAUCUUCAUAUUCAUGAUGGCGAGUUUGGAGCAAAGUUUCCUCUUGUCCCCGGCCACGAGACUGUGGGUGUAGUGGCGGCGUUCGGUAGUGGUGUUCAGGGUUUUAAAGUCGACGACCGUGUAGUCGCUGACAAUUCCGAGCUAUGCGGUCAUUGUCACUAUUGCCGUCGAGGCAAGGAGCUAUUUUGUGAGAAUUUCAUCGCCCAUGGUGUUAUGGUCGACGGGGGCUUUGCAGAGUACGCCGCUUACCCUGCACACCGGGUGUUUAUAUUCAAGGAUUUGUCCGAUGUUGAUGCCACUCUUCUGGAGCCUGCAGCCUGUGCAGCACAUGGCCUGGAUAAGAUUGCCCCUCAGAUGGGAUCAAAGGUACUCUUAUUCGGAGCGGGCCCCACGGGACUAAUGUUGGCCCAGCUACUGCGAGAAAAUGGCGGAUGUUACACCGUUAUUGCUGCACCGGGUGGGCUGAAAAUGGAUCUCGCUAAGUCGCUCAAUGCUGCGGAUGAGUAUGUGGAGCUCCCCCGUGAGUCGGUGGCAUCAGCAGCUACACUCGAAAAACUCAAAGCGGAGAACCCGUACGGAUUCGAUAUUGUCGUCGAGGCUACCGGUAGCUCCAAAAUUUUGGAGGAUGCCAUCCACUUUGUGACCAAGUCUGGGAAGCUAGUGGUCUAUGGAGUCUAUGGUGAUAACGAUCGUAUUCGCAUAUCGCCAAACAUGAUUUUCAAAGAAGAAAUUAAUGUCCUUGGCUCUUUCAGCCAGACCUACAAGUUUCCAGCUGCUAUCGACUAUCUUGAGCGGAAAAGAGUCAAAGUUGACGGCAUUGUGAACAAGACUUUCAGACUUGAGGAGUGGCAGGCAUGUCUUGAUGCAAUGAAAAAUAGGACUGUAAUCAAAGCCGCAAUAGUCUUUGACUAG